AUGAAGGUGCUAUGGAUUCUGAGUCUCGGUCUCCUGGCGAUCGUCGCAAGCGUAGCUCAAGCGCAAACUACCUGUGGUGCACGUGUCCGUAAGGACUGGGAUGCCAUGACCGCCACGGAGAAGACGACGUACAAGAACGCCAUCGCCGCGGCAAUGGACUCCGGCGCCUACAUCAAGUUCGUCGAGAUGCACACCGAGAUGAAGUCCGAGAUGGAGGCGCACAACCAGUGCAUGUUCGUCUACUGGCACCGACUGCUGCUCGUCGUGUUCGAGAACAUGCUACGCGGACAAGGCGCGGCGUACGCGUGUGUGACGGUGCCGUAUUUCAACUGGAUUGUGGCCGCGGCCCGCGUGACGGCGGGUACGUGCAACUCGUUCGGCAGCUGCAUGGCCAUCACCAGGGAGCUCGGCGGUUGGAAGGGCACGCAACGGACGCUCGCCAUCAACGGUAUCAACAACUCCGGUCGCUGUGUGGCCGUGUCGCCGUUGGAUCACUUCUGCCAACUAACGUCCAUCACCGGCACAGCUUGCGUCAAGUGCAUCCCGCGUAGUGACUGGAGUGCUGCUAGGGUGCCGACGGCUGCAGGCUACGCGUCAGUGCGUAACCAAGUGCUUGGCGGGAAAACCAUCGGACAAAUGUCUCCUCUGGUCGAGAAAGGCUGCCACAACAAUGUCCACGCCAACCUUGGGAGCACAAUGGGCACCUUCGCCUCCCCAGCGGACCCACUCUUCUGGUCGCACCACGCCAUGGUCGAUGCGCUGCACUCCAUCUUCCACAAGUGUCGCGUGGGGACAGCCAUUUUGACCACCGCCCAGAAGACAGCAAGCGCAGGGUGGACAUCAUGCGCUCGUCGUGACACUGGCACCUUCAACCCGACUGAUGCCAUCACCAUGCGCACCGGAGAGAAGGGAGUGAAUCCGAUUCCAGGCCGGACCGACCCGAAGAUUGGCAAGUACUUCACUGGAGUGCCGACCCAGUUCGUGGGUCUCAUGGAUACUCGCGACUUAGGCACUAGCAGCUACACGUAUGCGUUCAGUGGACAACUAGCAACGCUGUAUUCGCAAUGUGAUGCUGCACCCACGACCCGCAAGCUGGAGGAGAUGAUGGAAAGCACAGAGACCAACGGUACUUCCAAAUGCUCGGUCACCCAGGACGAAGAAUCCGGCAGCAACGGCAACUACUUGAACAUUAUCGCCCUGGACAACACGGGCAAACAGAUCGACGCCGACACACCCACCGAGGCCUACAUCACCGACGAAGACGAGAAGCGCGUCAUCGACUGGUACGACCAGACCAUGGAAGCCAUGGGUAGAGACUCGCAUGAAAACAUGGCCGACCUCGAGCGCCAAGCCUGCAUGUUCGAGCACGUGUGUCUGGGUGGCACGAAGGACUACUCGCCUGAGUUCAAGGCGCUCUGGAAGGUGAAGGAGCCGCGCUGCAAGACCAUUGUGGACGCCAUUGUGAACGGUUCGGAGUCGAUCAUCUACGAGUCGUGGCGCGAGAACAUGGAGGCUCAGUUCGGUUGCCCCGAUCCAACGGACUCGACGAACUCGACGUCGUAUUCGGGCUCGUGGGGAUCGUCGGGGGAUGGCACCGUGGCCUACUCGGUUAUGGUGGGAUCGCAGGAAUCGGUCGAGGACUCGAAUGACACAAUCAACUAUCCAGAACCGGCCUUCGAUACAGCGUGGUAG